GCAUGAUCAAUCACUACGAUCACGUGAUAAAGGUCAACCAAAGUUCAUCGAUGCAGAAGAUGGCGGGAAAGAAAACAACAAAUUAUUUCAACCGUGAUGUGAAUCCUUGUGUGGAGGAACAAAAGGAAUCGAUCGCAUGUUUGGAGGGAAAUAAUUACAAGAAGGACAAAUGUAACAUCCCGUUUGCCAACUACCAAGAAUGUGUGGGGUUUUGGAAAAAUGUUUCAAGGAAACGAAACCAACAAGGAAUUCAACCCGCAAUACCAACUUUAUCGGAACAAGAACAAAUUAAACGAUUCUUGGGCGACAAGUUACCGUAUAUAGCGCUUUCUGAUUCGUAAUGUCUAUGCGGGUGAGUUCAUGAUUCUACCUUCUGCAUUAUUUGUGUGUUUUACAAAUAAAUUUCAACAAAGAUUCAAUGUUAAUAAAUGUAACUUAUUUA